AUGCCUCCCAUGCACAGGAAAGGUGAUCGAUCGAAAAUUCCAGAUGCUUUCACUAAGAAAUAUAGUGGUGAUUUGUCAAACCCAAUGUUUCUCAAGACUCCAGAUGACAAAAAAUGGGAAGUACAUUUGACUAAAAAGGAUGGUGAUAUUUGGAUUCACAAGGGAUGGAAUGAAUUUGCUACACAUUAUUCUAUAGAUCAUGGACACAUGCUGAUGUUUCAAUAUGAAAAAACAUCUCAUUUUAAGAUUUACAUAUUUAACAAGAGUACUUUGGAAAUUGAAUAUCACGUUGAUGGAAAUAAUCAACAUGAGCAGAACAACCUCGUUGAAAAUUUGGAUGAAAAACCUACAUGCAAGAAGACUAGACCAAAAUCACAAAUUUCAAGUCUUCAACCACAUAAGAAAUCGAGAAUUGGCGCAAGCAAAGACGUUGGAACAAGCUCCAAAUUGAAAAAAAAUCCUAAACUUGUCCAAGUUAAAGAGGAGAGUGAAGAUACCACUGAAUGCCUUAAUGUGAAUGAUCAAGAGCCGAAGAAUUCAACUUCAAAAAUUGCUGAAGCUUUAAACAAAGCAAAAAAUUACAAAACUAACAAUCCCUUUUUCACUGUUGUCAUGACAUAUUCCUAUGCUAAUAAAUACAUGUAUAUCCCAGUAGAUUUUGAACAAAAGUAUAUGAAGGAAAAACAAAGCGUUAUCGUCCUUCAAGUCUUGGAUAAUGGGAGAACUUGGAAUGUUAAGCAUUGGGGGAGACAUGUUAGUACUGGAUGGAAGAAAUUUGCAUUUGAUAAUAAUUUGAAAGUGGGAGAUGUUUGUCUUUUUGAGAUGAUCAAAAGCAAUGCUUAUGCCUUUAAAGUACUAAUUUUUCGACUAGGCGAAGAACAUUCCCUUCCACCACAAGUUCAUGGAGAUGGAGUUAAUUGGGUUGAAACAGCAAGAAUCCCUGGAGUUGAAUGUAAAACUAUGUCAUAUAAAGGAAAGAAGGCAACUCAAAAUUCACUCCAUGCUAGUUCAUGCUCUUUCAAAAGUUCUGAAGUUAAGAAAGAAUCAGAUCAAUUCGCAUCCACUCUGAAAAAUCCACAUUUCACUAUCAAAGUGAUAUCAAGUCAUGCGGAUGUUUACAAACCGCGUAUACACAACUCGUUCUCCGAGAAGUACUUGUGUCACAAGAAGAUUGUAACGUUACAGUUUAAUAAAAACCUGUGGCAUGUAAGAUUGGCGAGCUGUCCAUCCGAACCGUCAACCAAGUUGAGUACAGGUUGGAGUAAGUUUGUAGAGGAAAAUAAAUUGGAGGCUGGAGAUGUAUGUGUUUUUGAGCUCGUCAAUAAGGAAGAUCUUGUGUUUGAUGCUCAUAUUUUCAGAGGCUGCAAUUAG